AUGGCAGACCGAAAACAAAGGCGGUGGUGGGAGCAAGGCAGGACUGCACUGGGAUUCUUGCUGCUGUGUUUCGUAAAGGAGCAGGUUUCGGCACAGAUUCGCUACACCGUUGCAGAGGAGGUAAAAGCGGGACACGUUAUUGGAAAUAUCGCUAAGGAUUUAGGUCUGGACUCGGGUAGUUUGGCUGAUAAAAAGCUGCGCCUCGUUUCUGGACACAAGGACCCGCUUUUCGAGGUAAAUGAGAACAAUGGUAUGUUGUUAGUCGCUAGACAACUAGACAGGGAGGAGCUGUGUGAAAGCAACGAAGCAUGCUUGAUCAAUUUAAAAAUAGUCGUGGACAACCCUCUUGAAAUACAUUAUGUUGCUGUUGAAGUGACUGAUAUAAAUGAUCAUUCACCAAGUUUCCAAGAUAAAGAAUUGCAUUUGGAAAUAGCCGAGAACACUCGAAAGGGCACACGCUUUGAGCUACAGAAUGCCCGUGAUCCAGACGUUGGUGUAAAUUCAAUACGUUCAUAUAAAUUACUCCAAACUGAGCAUUUUGACUUAGAAUUGCAGGACAGUGGAUAUGGGGAUAAAACUCCGUAUUUGGUACUGCAAAAGCCGCUAGAUAGAGAAAGCAUCCAACAACAUAGUUUUAAAUUGAUAGCAACCGAUGGCGGAAUUCCUCCAAGAUCCGGUACUCUGAACAUUACAGUUAAAGUGCUUGACAUAAAUGACAACCCCCCUGAAUGUAGUCAACGUGUGUACACUGUGAAUUUAGCAGAAAAUUCUCCAGUUGGAACUACCGUGAUGAAUCUUAACGCUACGGAUGCAGACGAGGGCAUUAACGGGGACAUUGAGUAUUCUUUCAGCAGAAACAUCAAAAAGAGGGUGAAUGACAUAUUUGCUUUAGACAGUACCACUGGUGAAAUCAAAGUUAAAGGUGAGAUAGACUUUGAAGAACACGACGUUUAUAGCUUAAUAAUACAGGCCAUUGAUAAAGGCCAACCCCCAAUGGCUGCUGACUGUCGAGUCAUGAUAAAGAUACAAGAUGUUAAUGACAAUAAACCAGAGAUAGACGUGACAUCCUUAUCUAAUGUAAUAUCUGAAGAUGUCAAACCCGGAACAGUGAUCUCACUUAUUAGUGUAAAGGAUAGGGACUCUGGUAUGAACGGUAAAGUUGUUUGUAGCCUCUCGGGUACUUUACCAUUUGAUUUAAAGCCGUCUAUUGAAGAAAACAUGUACUCGUUGGUGACUAAAUCCCAUUUAGACAGGGAGAACACAUCACAGUAUGACAUCACAAUACAAGCAACAGAUCUCGGAGUGCCGCCUAUGACUGCAUUUAAAAGUUUGGUGGUAGAAAUAGCCGAUGUAAAUGACAAUAGCCCUCAGUUCUCCCAAAAUCCCCUUGAACUGUAUCUGCUAGAAAAUAACGCACCAGGUGCAUCCAUAUUCUCUGUUAGCGCCUCAGACAACGAUUUGGAUAAAAAUGCUGCCAUCACGUAUCACAUUGCUAGAGGCGAUGGAAAUGACAUGGCAUCAUUCUUAAACGUGAACUCUGACACUGGAGUAAUUCAUGCGCUAAAAAGUUUCGACUUUGAAACCACAAAGGCGUUUAAAUUUCAAGUCGUGGCGAAUGACUCCGGGAGUCCGUCACUGAGCAGCAAUGUCACGGUAAACGUGUACAUUUUAGACCAAAACGACAAUGCUCCCGUCAUUUUGUAUCCCGUGAGUGCAAACGGCUCUUUUGAAGGCGUAGAAGAAGUUGCUCGUAAUGUGAAGGCAGGUCACUUGGUGACCAAAGUGAGAGCUUGCGACUCGGAUGUCGGAUACAACGGAUGGUUACUAUUUGCUCUCCAGGAAGUCUCUGACCAUACUUUAUUUAGUUUAGACCGUUAUACUGGACAAAUACGGACACUUCGUGCUUUCACAGAGACAGACGAAGCGGAACAAAAACUAGUUGUGCUGGUGAAAGACAAUGGCAAUGUUUCACAAUCUGCCACAGCCACCAUAGUCGUGAAAGUGGUGGAGCCAAAGGAAGCGUUUGCGUCGUCGGACGUUAAGACAACAGGAGAGGCAGAGGACAAUGACAUUACCUUUUACCUCAUAAUUACCUUGGGAUCCGUUUCGGUGCUGUUUAUUGUCAGCAUAAUUGUGUUGAUUGCAAUGCAAUGCUCCAAAAGCACAGACUCGUCCAAGUACCUGCAAGACACGAACUAUGAUGGAACUUUGUGUCACAGCAUCCAGUAUAGAUCUGGAGACAAGAGAUACAUGCUGGUUGGACCCAGAAUGAGUAUCGGUUCCACUAUAGUUCCUGGAAGCAAUGCGAAUACUCUGGUUGUACCUGAUCGCAGGAGUAGAGCAUCUUGUGAGGUGGUGUCAGUGUUGUACUAG